UACAAUUUUUAUUUGAUUCCAGUGGUCGGAGGUAGAAGAAAUGGACACGGACGAUGUGGAGGAAGAGUUCCAAAAACGCCUGGAUGACAUCGCCAUAAACCGAUGCUGCUGCCUGGUUUACACGUCCGGCACCGUUGGCAAUCCGAAGGGCGUCAUGAUGUCGCACGAUAGCCUGACGUGGGAUUCGUACACUAUUGGCAAACGGUUGGACCAGAUCCAGUACGGCAAGGAAGUGCUGGUAUCGUUUCUGCCGCUGAGUCACAUCGCAGCCCAGAUGGUGGACAUUUUCCUGUCCCUCCAGUUCGCCUGUACCGUAUAUUUUGCCGAUAAGGACGCCAUGAAGGGUACCCUGGUUAACACACUGCAGGAGGCGCGUCCCACUCGGAUGUUGGCCGUACCGAGAGUUUACGAGAAAAUUCAAGAGAAAAUGAUGUCAGUGGGGGCCCAAAGUGGAACGGCUCGGAAAAUGAUAGCCGGAUGGGCCAAAAGCGUUACCCUGCAGCAUCAUCUGAAUGCCAUGGAAGGAAAACCGACCAAUUCGUUGCAGUACCGCUUUGUGCGUAACUUUUUGCUCUCGAAAGUAAAGGACGCGCUAGGGUUGAGCCGCUGCAUGACCCUGGCGACUGCGGCCGCACCGAUGGAUCCGGAAACGAAAAAAUAUUUCAUGAGUCUUGAUCUGCCAAUCAUGGAGGCGUUCGGCAUGUCGGAAACUUGUGGAGCCCACUCUUUGACCACGGCCGAUAAUUAUAACUUUGCCACCAUCGGUAAAAGUCUUGGCGGAGUGGAGACCAAAAUUGACAAACCGGACGAGCGCGGCCAUGGGGAAAUUUGCAUGCGGGGCCGUCACAUUCUGAUGGGUUACGCCGGGGAGGAAACCAAAACCCGGGAAGCGCUGGACGACGAAGGUUGGCUGCACUCGGGAGAUGUGGGGUACAUUGAUGAUCAAGGAUUCAUCUAUAUUACCGGUAGAAUUAAGGAGCUUAUCAUCACGGCCGGUGGUGAAAACAUUCCACCAGUGCACGUCGAGAACCUGGUCAAAAACGAGCUGAUGCAGGUGAGCAACGCCUUCCUGGUGGGAGACAAGCGCAAAUUCCUGACGAUGCUGAUCACGCUCAAGACGGUGAUGAACCUGGACACCGGAGAGCCGAAGGACGAGCUCAGCCCGGAUACGAUCACCUGGAUGAAGGGCCUGGGGCUGGACCACACCAAAAUGAGCCAAAUUAUGGCAGCCGGACCGUGCCCCAAGGUUUUGAAAGCCAUCCAGGAGGGAAUCGAUCGUGCCAAUGCUAAAGCGAUUUCAAAUGCGCAAAAAAUCCAGAAGUUUGCCUUGCUGCCGUUGGACUUUUCCAUCCCCGGUGGAGAACUUGGUCCUACGCUUAAAGUCAAGCGCAACAUUGUGAAUCAAAAGUACAAAGAUAUAAUUGAAAAGUUCUACGAGUGAUGUUCGGCCGCGUGGCCGAACUGAAGCCUUUUGGGCCCGGGAACCUUGAGAUAUUUGUUUUAAAUUAAUAUUUCGUUUAUCGUGCCUGCUAUCCGAUAGAUAAUCGGCGAACUAGCAGUGAGACUUAAUGACACUAUUGCAGUUACUCUUUCCUACUUGAGUACCCACAAUUAAAAAGUAAUGUAGCCAAUCACCCUGGGACGGUGAAAAGUUUAGAUUUAAGUCAAGGUUGUCGAUAUUGUUGCUACUGUAAAUUUAGAGUGCCUAGAGUCAACUCGAGAAGAUAGUCUGUUUGCUUUUGUAUAUAUCUAAUAUAUAAAAUUGUUUUAUGGCAUUGCUAUUACCUCAUUAGUGCCGUAUUGUUAUCUGAAACAUAUCAGUUUAGUUGUUUACCCUUGAUGGGAGUGGCAAAGCUCCCAGACCAAAAAAGACAAAGAGCUCCCAGAGAUGAAACAAAUCGAUAGUGAAAAGGUUGGUUGUUAAUUGAAUAAAAUCAAUUUUCUUAGAA